GAAGAAGGAGGGAGGUGUUGCUAUGGUGACUGCUCUGUGCGCGCCAUCUCCGCGCGCCGGAAGUCCGGCCUUGGAGGAGGUGGAAGAUGGCGGCGGCGAAGCGGAGCGUCUUGUCUUCGUUGGCGGUUUACGCUGAGGAUUCGGACCCGGAGUCGGACAGCGAGGCUGGGGCGGCGGGAAGCGAUGGAGGAACGGCUACGGGAGAGAAAGGAGGCCUGGUCUCAGUUGGGUACGGAGAUGAUGACUUCACCCGCCUGGAUGGUGAUGAGGACGGAUAUGAAGAAGAGGAUGAUGAGAACAGCAGGCAGUCAGAAGAUGACGAUUCAGAGACUGAAAAACCUGAGGCUGGUGACCUAAAGGAACUCUCAGAACUGGAGAAAAGAGAUCCUCAGGAGCUAGUUGCUUCUUUUUCAGAGAGGGUGCGGAAUAUGUCUCCAGAUGAGAUCAAAAUCCCUCCUGAGCCUCCUGGCAGAUGUUCUAACCACUUGCAGGAUAAAAUUCAAAAGCUAUAUGAGAGGAAAAUAAAAGAGGGCAUGGAUAUGAACUACAUCAUUCAGAGGAAAAAGGAGUUCCGUAACCCCAGCAUCUAUGAAAAGCUGAUCCAGUUUUGUUCAAUUGAUGAACUUGGUACAAAUUAUCCAAAGGACAUGUUUGAUCCUCAUGGCUGGUCAGAAGAUUCCUAUUAUGAGGCAUUAGCUAAAGCCCAGAAGAUUGAAAUGGACAAAUUGGAGAAGGCCAAGAAGGAACGCACAAAGAUUGAAUUUGUGACUGGCACUAAAAAGGGUACAACAGCAAGUGCUGCUUCUACAACAACCACAACAGCCAGUACCACUGUAGGAGAUGCCCAGAAGAGGAAGAGCAAGUGGGACUCAGCCAUCCCCGUAACAACGAUAGCUCAGCCUACCAUUCUCACCACUACUGCAACGCUGCCAGGUGUUGUCACAGUGACAACCAGUGCAAGUGGAUCCAAAACUACAGUCAUAUCAGCUGUUGGCACCAUUGUGAAAAAGGCAAAGCAAUGACUGGUGUGCUAGGCCUGGAUUUUUGGACUUAAUUGUCAUUGAAGCCAUU